AUGUCCCGGAACCUUCGCUCACAUUUUGAUGAAGAUGCAGUUACCAACGAAGACCUGAUCAGCUUCCGCGAGAAGAUACUCGGUAUCCCACGCUCAGAGCAGCCUGCUAUCCCCCGUCCUGAGCCCAAGGAAGAGGAAGAGGAUUUUUCUGCCAUCAACGCUGCUAUUGCAGCUUUCAGCAUGUCUGUGAACCAAGGCAGCCCAAGCAUAGCUAAUAAUACGAACGCCAACAACACUUCCUCUGCCGCUGCUUCGUCUAGCUCCGCCAGUGGAGCGUCUACUUCAGGCUUGUUCACCAACCUCUUUGACUCGAGCAACACCGCGAACGCGUCUGGUAACUCUCCAGGCAUGUCUGCUCCUCGUCAUAGCAACUCUGCUCCCCCCAGCCCCGCCAUGAUGAAUGGUACUCCAGCAAUGCCAGCGAUGAACGCCUCUUUCCCAAUGAACGCUGGACACCAGAUGGAUCUUAACCACCUCUAUGCUAUGGUGAAUGAACUGAGCGAGGUCCUGAAAAACAACCGUGACUUGACCAGUGGCAUUAUCAAGAGUGCUGAAGAUAUUGCUCGUCGUGCUGCAGCUGAAGGAACCACACCAAACUUGCAAGAAGUCAAUGGGGAAAUCUCUGCCACACGCAUUGCCGAACUUGAGCGUGCCCUAGCCAGAGAAAAACGUCGCGUUGAGACACUCCGCCAUGAGCAGGUUGAGAACAUGAAGUUGAUCGCCGAAUACGAGAACGCGGUUGGUACUAUGGUCGAGCAGAUCCGCAAUUAUUGCUGCAACAACGAAGGUCAUUUUCUCUCCCAGAAACGCCGCUACAAUGACCUCCUGCAAGCCGAACGAGAUGCGCACCUGGCAUCCCGCCUAGACCGUGACUAUUGGCACGCGCAGACCAUGAAGUGCGCCGAGAUGAUCCGAACUGCCUACCGUCUGCGGUGCGAGGAGGAAGAGCUACCUCUUCGCAUCGUGGCUGGGCUGCAGAAUGAAGUGCGUGCCUACCGCAACGCCCUGGGCAUGGACCCAGAGAAGCCAGAGGAGGAGUGGGGAUGGGAGAUCCUUAAGGAUGCUCCCCCAGGCGUCGAGUAG